GCCCGCCUGUCUGUCACCCGCUUCACGAUCAUUACCGUUACUUUCCCUCCCCCGUCUCCGUUUCCGAUUCCGAUUCGAUUCCCGUUUCGGAUUACGGGCCCCGAUGCCCCGCCUGCGCCUUCGCCUCGUAUAAACACGUUAUCACGUAACUCAACCGUUACGAAGUGGACGUUACUUUGUAUUUGGAGCCGAGAGCUCUCCGGGACGGAGACGAAGAGGCGGCCGGGAAACGAUCGACCUGGGUUUAGGGUUUCGUGAUCGACUGCGUUCGUCCAUGUCUGGGUGCGAUGGCGGGUGGCGGGGAAGCGAUUGAGGCCUUCGGUUGCGGGAGAUGGGAUGCGGGACCUCCAAGGCGGCGGCGGAGUCGAAGCCGGUCGAGCUGUGCCGGGAGCGGGUGGAGCUGAUCCGUGCGGCGAGGGACCUACGAUACGCCCUCGCGGCCGCCCACGCCGCCUACUUCCGGGCGCUCGCCGACGUUGGGGACGCGCUACACCGCUUGGUCUGGGAGGAUCUGGCGCCGGCCUCCGCGCUGCCGGCAUCACCCGUCCUCGUCCUUCCCUCCUCCGAGAGCAAGGGGAAGCCUGGUUCCGUCCGCGGAAGUGUCGUCGCUGCGGCUGCGUCGACUUCUUCUUCCGCGACUCCGCUCUCGCACUCCCUAUCGCCGGAGGGCUCUCACUUGCCGCUUUCGUCCGGGUCGGAGGAGGUGAGCCCUCGGGCCGGAAGCGGGGUAGGAAGUGAAGCUGGAAAAAAGAACGGAAGCGGCAAUGAUGGUGCUGAAGGGGGGGAGUCAUCUUCUCCGCGUCAGCGAUUUAGGCCUCGGAGCCCUGAUUCUUCUUUCAUGAGGUCAUCCACAGCGAUCCCCACUGUGGUCUACCAGGAUCCACUGACUCCACCUUGGUCGAAUUCUGCGUACGAUGGCUAUGGGUAUGAAUUUGGCUAUCCACCCUAUGGUGUUCCGAUAGCAUCUCUGCUGCAAGAAAGAGAGGAUAGGAUGGAUCCUUCUGUGCCGGCGGUUGCCCCUGGUACUCCCCCUCCACCGCCACCUCCGGCAACGUCUUCUUGGGACUUUUUCGAUCCGUUCAAUUUCUAUGAAGGAUUCUUUCCUGAUUACUCCGGAGGACGGUAUGGUGUGCGCUUCUCUGUGAGCAGUCCUGAUAUAAACGAGGUGCGCAAGCAGGAAGGAAUUCCUGACCUUGAAGAGGAAGCAGAGGCACAACCAACGGAGGCAAAGAAGCAGAUGAAGGUGGUUAUGGAUGAUUUAGGAAGGAAGAAUCCUGUCGUUGGAAGCUCAAACACAGUUUCCACACCAGAAAUUGGUCGAAAGGAUGACAAUGUUGGUGACAUUGAGUUGGCAGACAAAGUGAGUGUGAGCAGUUCACCAAACAGUAAAGUGAGAAGCAGUGGAGAGGAUGACAUAUCCAUCAGGAAGAAAAAAGGGGUGACAUUUGAGGAUGUAUCGUAUGAUACAGAGAAGAGUGUGCCUAGUGGUGAUAAACCCUUGUCUGCACAUAUUGAUGAACCACUGUCUUUUAAAGGUUCGAAGGAUGUGAUGGAAGUUGCUCGGGAAAUUAAGAAACAUUUUAGGUCAGCUGCUGGUUGUGGUGAAGAGGUGUCAAGGAUGCUUGAGGUGGGCAAGUUGCCAUACCAAUCAAGAAGUAGUAAAAUGUAUAGAGUCAUAUCUUCCAGGAUUUUGGAUCCUAAGACCCUGCAUUUGCCAUUAUCAUCAUAUCCUUCUUUCAAUUGGUCACGGCAUUCAACUGAGAGUACAACAAUAAGCAGAAAAGCUAGCAUGACAAGUGACCACACUACUACAGGGUCUAGCAACAUUUCAUCAACAUUGGAGAAGUUGUAUCUAUGGGAGAAGAAACUCUACAAAGAUGUAAAGGAUGAAGAGAAACUACGGGUGAGCUAUGACAAGAAGUACAAGCGGUUGAAGGAUUUAGUUGAUAGAGGGGCAGAGAACUACAAAAUUGAUUCGACUUGGGCAUCAGUAAGAAAGCUGCGCACAAAAAUAAGCAUCAUCAUCAAAUCGGUUGGUGCUUUCUCAAGCAGGAUUCAUGAGAUAAGGGGUGAGGAGUUGCAGCCCCAACUUAUCGAACUAAUCCAAGGAUUUUUAAGAAUGUGGACAUCUUUGCUGGAUUGCCAUCAAAAGCAGUUGCAAGCUCUAGUUGAUUGCAAAAGACAUAGCUUAGUGAUGAAAACCACAAGCCAAUGGAAGUCUGCUGUUAAGGUAACAAAGGAAUUGGAGCUGGAACUCCUAAACUGGUGCAAUUGUUUUCAUGACUGGAUCAGCAUCCAGAAAUCAUUCAUUGAAGCUCUCAAUGGAUGGCAAAUGAAAUGGCUUCCUCAAGAACAGGAGCUAACACCUGAUGGACCUGCUCCUUUGUCCCCAACUAGAAUUGGUGCUCCAUCAGUAUUUGUCAUAUCUAAUGAUUGGUACCAUGCAAUUAAGUGUGUUUCAGGAGAAAAAGUUAUUGAAACAAUGCGUGGUUUUACGGAAAUUGUCCACAUGGUAUGGGAGAUUCAAGAUGAGGAACAGCACCAACGACUCGAAGAAGAGCACCUGUCACAAAUUUAUGAUAGAAAACUAAAAUCUUGGCAGGCUAUGCAGAUAGACCAUUUAGAGAUGGUGUCCGACAUUAAUGAUGGUCUGAAGCACCAUGAUGAUUCCUUGAUGGCAUUGGACCUAAUGAAACAGAGAUUGGAUGAGAAGCGAGCAAUACAUAAGGAAACUUUAGAACGACUUCAGACUACUGCUUCCAAUAUUUUGCCAACUGGUUUGGUUCCAACAUUUGAAGAGUUGGGUACUUUUUUGUCAGAGGCACUGCAAGCUUACAAGGGAAUCAGAAUUAAAAAUGACAGUGGAGGGACAUAAGCUAUCAUAACUAGAGCUGCUUGGCUGUAUUACACAGGAUUUCAACCAAGGCUUAAAAUCAUCCAACUUCAGUGGAACCUAUAUGAUUUUUUCCGUCCACUUUGGAAAAUUGAACCGAGUGGAGUUUUCAAUAAGGUUUAUAUUUUUGAGAAUUAGGGAUGGAGUUUGUGAUCCAAUAAGUUCAUGCAUUCAAACUUGAUGAAACACCCUAUCAAACAGUUUUCAAGGGCAACUAAACAGAUGCACAGAAUUCACUGAUCGGUCCAUUGGUUGGAUGGUAAUGAUGUUAGCCAUCAACUAUGGAUGCUGUUUGUUCUGGUGACACAUACCAAAAUAAAAUUUCAAUGAGAGUACUAACCACUGAAUAUUUCUGGAGCAAUUCUGAUUGUGUACAGCAUUAACUAAACACAUAAAAAGGUUAUUCAAUUUUUGCUCUCAUGUUCUCUGCAUCAAUCUUGAGAAGAUAUUGCCUGAAGGUCAUUUUGAGUUGCUGUCAACAUGGUUGUCUUUGGUCUAUCACUGCUGUUGAAACCCUGGAAACACAUUUUAUACCGUGGCACAGCAUGUGUUUGCUUAUGUGAAAGAUGUCUGAGAUCACCUUGUGACAAGUGACUGUACAAAAUUAGUGAAUGCAGUAAAUACGUAUACCACAGAUUUCCUUAACAUGAGUUUUUACUAACAUUUAACUUAAAACUUUUGUUAAUAUCUCCCCUACCUCAGGUUCUUUAUAUAUUCUAUCCCUUAAGCUGCGAUAGUAUUUUCCUUUUUCCAUUUACCAAUUCUUAUCUUUUUUAUUGUUGGUGUAUCAGGGGGGGAAAGAUCCCAGAUCAGCAAACCUGGAGGCAGAAUGCUGCUGUACAACACAUAUAUAUUGUUCAUCUGAUCAACCGUCUUGCAUAAUUUUCACUUUAAGGAAGAAGAAGAUGAACCAAGGAAACUGGGUCAACCAUGUUAUAUAGAGUUUGCUUCUCUUCCACGAACGGAACAGAAUGCAUGUAUUCUUUCAACAAUGUCUUUUUCUUCUCAUUCAUUUGUUUUAAUGGGUUCUUAUCUCAAUCAGAACCAGUUCUUGCGUGCAGCUGCCCCUCCUUUCUUGCAUAAGAAGGAUAAGAUUUAAAUAUCAAUCAGAUAUUUUUGAAGCCUGUUGUGCCCAAUUGAAGGAAGCUAAUAGUGGAUUCCCCUCUUGCGUGACUCUUCUUCCUACUCUUCUGUUUGCUUCACUUCGAAGCUCUUGAGCUUCACGUAUCCUGACUGUUCCUUCUCCUCAUUCAUCGAGAUAA